AUGCCCGGGGCAAGGAAUUCCAACGGGAAGCGACCCCAUCAAGCCUCCUUGCCUGAUCGGAGUGCUCCCAGGACACGCAUGGCCUGUUCCCGGUGCCAGCGGCUGAAAAGAAAGUGUAAUCUAGAGUUACCCACCUGUAGCAAUUGCCGUGCAGCCGGUGCUGAAUGUGUCGAUGGAAAAUCAGCCCGUGCUGAUGCGGCACCUCGACAAUACAUCACGUCUUUGACGAACCGGAUUAAUUGGCUGGAGUCCAUUGUCCGAUCGAAUUGUCCUGACGUCGACUUAUCUCAAGGUCCGCCCGUCUAUAUAGGAGAAGCCUGGAACGACACCAGCUCUGUAGUUGCAGACAAUUCUACUCUCCCAGCCCCAGAGUCCGAGCCCGUUCAGCGGAGCUCUGAAACUAUACGAAAUACUGAAAAUGAGCCACCGGCAACCCAGCCGGUAACAUCUACUUCGGAACCCACAGGAGCCAGUGCCAUGACCCACGAGAUUGGGCUGGUUUCCCUUGCUACGAACCAAGAUCCACGAUAUAUCGGCCCAUCCAGUGGUUAUUUCUUAGCACGAGUUUUACUAGACUCGGCAUCAAAAUCAGACGAUAGCGUUGGUCGCGCCAAUCGCAAUGCACCGUUCCCUAUAAAGCUGGUUGAAGCUCUCCAGGGGCCACUCCCACUCCCGCCCAGAGACACGGCAAUGCAAUUAUGUGAGGCAUACUUCAGCGCUAUUAACUUACAAUAUCCUAUUCUACAUCAACAUAGGUUUUACGACUACCUGGAUAUGGCUUAUGAUGAAGAGAGCCAGGACCCUGCCGCCCACUUCCAGGUCUUCAUGGUUCUGGCGAUAGGAUCUGCUGUCCUUUCUGCUCGAACCAGAGCUCGCAUACCAGCAGAAUCGUACUGUCUCUCCGCACUACAAUACCUCGAUGAACUAAAUGUCGAGAACUCGUUGAAAGGCAUUCAGUGUCUUGUCUUGCUUCUCAUCUUCACUAUACACAGCCCAUGCGUUCGCCUCAAUGUCUGGUAUCUCAACUAUCACUGCAUUGCUGCCUUGGUCGAUCAAGGUCUCCAAAGGAACAUCAGCAUGGGACCAGAGUACAGUCUAUUUAAUCAGGAGAUGCGAGCCAGGAUCUUCUGGGUCAUUUACUCCUUCGAUCGCAUCAUUGCGACUAUGAUGGGUCGACCAAUUGGACUGCGUGAUGAAGGAUGUGAGCUCCGUAUGCCAUUGGGCCUGUCCGACGAGCAGCUUGUCAGCCAGAGGCAACAUCAAAUCACCGAACCGUCCAGUGACAUGUCAUUUGCGGUUCACUUAUUCGAAGCGGCCAAACUCAACUCGGAGAUCAAAUACAUCGCGCAAAGCAUCAUAAGAGACACGCCUAGAUAUGCUUAUCCUAGAGUGACUAACAUCAACGACUGGCAAAACGCCAUGCUGCAGCGACUGGAUGAGUGGUCAGACAAGAUACCAGGUCUUGGUGACCCUGAUAUGUUGUAUCUGCGAACGACUUGUCAGCUUCGAUACCACGGUUUACGAAUGCUUUUAUUGAGACCUAGCCCUGCUAUACCCAAGCCCCCCAAAGAAGCCUUGGUAAAGUGUCACCAAAGUGCUUGUGAAAGCCUACAACUAUUUGACCAAUUGUACAAGAAAAACCUGCUUGUUCAUAGCUGGACUACUUUCCACGGGCUCGUUCUCAGUUCCAUAACUAUGUUAUACUGCAUCCAGUCAGUGUCAGAAAUCGCCCGCUCUACGGGUGUAGACGCUUUCAUGUCUGACCUGAGCAUAUCCCUAAGUAUUCUGGGCGCUACAGGUGAACAUUGGUCUGGCGCCAAACACAGUCGCGAUAUUCUGGAUAACCUGGGCAAAUCGACUGUUCGAUACAUCCGAGAGAAGAAUAGGCGAUCGGAGGGUUUGCGUGACCGUUCUGCACCACAAGUCAAUGAACAGGUUAUUGAUCCCACACUCUCGGCAGACGCAUGGGAGAGUUUGGGGCAAGAGUUCAACAGCAUCCAGGGAUCUUCAUCCCACAUGAAUAUGGACGACGAUAUGGGUUUCAUGCAGAACCAAUUCUACGAGGGUUUACUUAAUGAGACAUUCGCGGAAUACUUUGAGCCAACGGAGUCGACAAAUCUCGAUAACAUUGUUCGCGACCUGUUCCAAGGCCUUAUUCCAACAGAUUCAGUCUAA